AUGGCGUCUAAUCACGUGCCGAGUGACCAAGUGCCCAUGCAAGGCCAAAACGUCUAUUCCGACCCGUCAUAUCAGCAUCUCUUUCCUCCUGUCGACCGUUACGGCACCCCUACAUGGGAGUCUCAGCUGCACCAACACACGGCGCUGCCACCUAACGCGUCAGCCCAGAGCUGGCACCAUGGAUCAUUCACACAACAACCCUACACUGGUAGUAGCCAACCUUACGGUGGCCAAACACAUGGCCUUCGCACUGCUUCGCCAUAUCAGUAUGGGCAGUUUGGCCAGCAAAGUACCUUGGGUGGUUAUGGUCAGCAGUCCAACGUCGACCCAUCGCUAGGCAUGGAUCCCAAUGCUAUUCGCCAGCAACAACAGUCGCCAUAUCAGAUGCCCAUGCGAACCCAAACUCCUCAAGGUCACGCCGGUACCGUGACACCGCAGGCUCUGCAGCACAACAUGCCUCCUCUUCAACAAGCCCGCCCUACGGCAUCUCCUUACCAGGCACCGCAGAGCACAACAAAUGCUUUUGUCCAGCAGCGCGCUGCGCCUGUCUCUUUUGUGAAACCAGUGCCUGUGCCUGAGUAUGACAUACCAAAGGGCAGAAAGUCGGGGGGUCUCUACGUUCUUGACCAGGCUGCACUAGCAAAGGCCACUAAUUCUACUCCACUGAAUAAAUUCGUGACAUUGGGGAAUGAACCCUUCCAUCUCGCUACCAAUAGAACUGCGCUUCCUGUUUAUGUUCCUCGACAAUCACUCAAAGAUCUCAAGAAGGCUGGAGCAGACAGUAAGAAGCUUCGUGCUAGCCUGUCAGCUGCCAAGUCUCACUCGAGAGCCUUCAAAAGGAAGCCUACAGAACUCAAGAGACAGGCUAGUGAUAGUGAAAGCUCAACUGACUCGUCCGACUACGAUAGCGAUUCUUCAGAAGAGGAAGAGAUGCCGGUGCCGGAGACAAGACCGGAAGAUCCCGAUGCUGCUGUUCGUUAUGAUGUCGUCAAAGCUACCUGGCAUCCUUCUUCAUCAUCGCCAAGCUCCGACAACAUCAAGAAGAGCAUGCGUGAGGUUUGGGACGUACUUGACACCAUUCAUAAGCGGUGGCGAGCCGACAGCAAGGCUGUGACGGAAGCGGAGGAACAGAAGAAGAUAGGUGAGCUGCCCGUGCUGAAAAGCCGGGUAACUAGUCAGCGUGACUUGCUCAAGUCUGCGCUUGAAGCUGCGCUUGAGUUUUCCCACCCUGAUGUGCUCUACCAGUUAGGGCUGAUCAAGCCUUUUUUGUAUCUGUGCUACCAGUUUUUGGCGAACCGAUUCAAAAGCAAAGACUACGAUGGGCCUUUAUCUGCGGUUAUAUACGAGGUGCUCUCGCGAUGCGGUACAUUGACUUCUGAGCUCCUUGAAGAGACUAGGCUUGUAAAGGCGCUUGCAUCUAUGAAGAAACACGCAAAUGACAAGCACAAGGCCUUCAUACAACAAAUCAUAGAUGGUGCUGCUGCCAACUCCAAAAAGGCCAAAGCGAGUCCUCCGCCGAAAACCGAGCCGACAGAGAACAAGGGCGUCAAGCGACCUGCGACAGAAGCUGCGGGCCGCUCAACGAACGAGAACCCCCUAGUGAAGAAACCCAAGACGCCUGAAGCUCCCGUCAGCGCGGUUAAGAAGGACCCCACAUCUACUUCGACUUCGAAGCCCACAACAGCAGGUUCCAAUCAAACAGUACAAAAGCGACCCGGCGAAAAGGCGGCACCAGCACCAGCUCCCGUCAAGACUCGUAUUACUCAGAUCACCAACAAGCCUUCGGGUAUAUUCGCCUCCAUCAACGCAGCGGCCAAGAAGGUGGCCCCUACACCAGCUGCUACGAAAGCAGCGGCCUCAGCCAAAUCUGCUGCCCCGGGGGCAAAAGAUAAGAAGCCAGCGGCUGCGACGUCAAAACCCGCAUUCUCCUUUGCUCAAACAAUGGCGUCACUUUCAAAGCCAAAGGAGCCAGAAGCGGCGCCUGUUAAAUCCGAGAAGCCAAUUCCAACAGAGACCGAAGAAGAAAAGACAAAGCGUCUGCGGAAAGAAUCCCGAAGACAUCUACGCGUCACCUGGCGGCCUGAAACAUCACUGGUGGAAGUCAAGUACUUUGACCAUGAGGCUGACGAUGAAGAGAUGGACGACAAAGAAGACCAUCUCGUUCGGGAUGCUGGUGAUAUUGGCGGAGAAGGACACAUGUUCAAGCAACACAAGGAGCUUGAUCUCGAUGACGAUGACGAGGAACUAGAUAUGGAGCGACCUUGGCCACCGCCAUCCCAAGUUGAUUUCAGUGUCGUGCCUUACGAGGAACGCCAACGCAACUACAUACCAUAUGGAGGUGGAGAGAAGGUACCGGAGUGCCCUGAAAGAGACGCCAAUGUUCAGCGCGAGAACAACACGUUGAUGGUCUAUUACUCAAGUCCAGCCGAUGUUCCACCUUCACCUCAAGAGCCAUCGGAAGAAGAUAACGUUUCUACGGGCACCAUGGUCAAUUUUGGUACCCCGCCCGACAAGGUUUUGAUGAGAUGUCCACAACCACCAAUGCCAGCAGCUGUACCGGACUUUAGCCAAUUGGAGAACAUCAUCAAAUCGCUCUCAGCAACAAGCCAACCUCCUGCAGCUCCUCCAGUGGCUCCUGUCGAGAACGUUUACACACCACCACCUUCAACAUCCGCUCCAUUCGACCCAGCGGGUCUCCAAAGCAUCCUCGCCUCCAUAAGCAACGGCCAAGCCCCUCCCCAGCCUCCUCCCAUGUCCUUCCCACAACCACCAGCUCAACAACCAGGCAUGCCCCUGGACAUCGCUGCCCUCAUCGCCAAUAUGCAAGCAGCAACAGGGGGUGCACUUCCUCCACCCCCACCCCUCCCAACUGGCUUUCCUCCCUUCCCGUUUGCAUUUCCGCCCCAGCCCCAACAACAUGAUUCCGCACCAGCAUGGCCUCCACAGAUGCAGGAUCCGGCUGCAUCCUACCAAUCUCAAAUGCAACCCCAGCAGUACAACCAGCAGCAACAGACCAACGGCGGUACCAAGCGACAACGUGAGGACCAGAACGGAGGCAGCAAUGGUAACAAUGAGAGGAACCAGGGGAAGAGGCCAAAGAACCGUGGCGAUCAUAAACCGCAUAAGGUGCUGCAGUGCAAGUUCUUUGCCAAGGGACAGUGCAACAAGGGGGAGAAUUACCCCGCAAUCAUGGCUCCCGCUCGCAAGAGGACCACCAACAUCGCGCGUCGCAGGCGGACCGAUGACGAGGAUGAGAACCAGUCCGUGGCCACGCUGGCCGACGACUCGCAAAGCGACGCUUCUCUGCUGAGCGACGUCGACGAGGACGCCGACGCAGACAACAGCGACCUUAGCGAAGUCGACAGCGCGCCCUCGCUCACCCAGGGAAAGUCGAAGCGGAAAGCAAAUGGCGCGCGUGAUGCAAAGUCCAGGCAAGAUGCAAGCCAUCGUCAACCUUCUCCGCCCAUCGCCCGCUCCGAUGUCGCCUUUUCCACCAUGAAAGAGACAGAAAUCAUGAUGAACGGACUGAAGAUUGGGGAGCAUGGCAAUGAGGCCGAAGUAGUCGACUUCGAGGCGGGCGUGGCUGCCGCAGACGCCGCACCCGCCGUGGGUGCGCCUCAAUCACGGACAGAGACGCUGGCCGAGCGGCGGCGGCGGGAGCAUGAGGAGUACAAGAAGAAGCGCGACUCGGAUCCGGCCUUCAUACCCAACCGUGGCGCUUUCUUCAUGCACGAUUCACGGCAUGCACCUGGACAGAAUGGCUUCAGGCACGCAGGCCGUGGGCGAGGGCGGGGCGCUCCCGUCACAGGGCCAUUCGCUCCAGCAAACAUGAGACCGCAGCCGCAGGAAGCCACAGACUCACCCUGGCAGCACGACCUCCACGAGACGGUCAACGCGCCCGGCUCCCACGCUCAGCCUGGACUACCCCCAGCUGCAUCGAAUGCCCCCAUGUUCGCGUCGCGAGUACCCCCAGGUUCUAGCCAGAAGCCUCCACAGGCCCGCAACUUCUCCACCACAGUGCAUACACACAACGCCAUGGUACGCGUCUUCUUACCAAACAUGAAGGGCCCUAUACACUUUCAAAACGUCCCCAUCAAGUCACACACUCGCCUCCCGAACCACCGACCACCCCUCCGCCGUGACAAGCCAGUCCGCAUCUCGUUACCCCCUGCUCCACCACGCUACAUCUUCCCCACCACAGAGCGCUCUUUCAUCUUCAUACCAAGGGCGCUUCGACCCAACCAACAGGGCUUCGGUCGGGGUCGCGGUAGAUUCGGAUCUUUUGGUGGAGGUCUUUCAAGCAGACGUACCAGCGCGUACGGGGGCAGUGUAUACUCCCCUAGUGUUGCAAUGAGCAGGCGGUCUUCGAUUGCACGUGAGAUGGGCCGGGACAAUCUGGUCUCCCCAGCCGGUUCCAUCAUGUCACGCAAUGGCGGCUUCGUCGAUCCCAGUCGUCCUGUGGUACGCCUGCCGCCUGGGGGUCCCAGAAUGCACAAUGGACCGUCAAUGAUCUCACCCACAAACGGCGCUGUACAGCCACCUUACCCUCUCCCGCAGAAGCCCACGUUCCGUGAGAAUUGGCAAGGUCAGCUCCCGAUGCAUCAGCCUCGCCCGCAGAAGACCGUCUCUGUUGCUGGCAUCGAGUCACCCGCGUCCAUGAGCUUCAACCCUCCCCAACAACAAGAGCAGCAACCGUUCCAUCAGCAAGUUCCUGCGCAUAUCAACGGAGCUGCUCCCGCGGUCGAGCAACCCUACUACCAGCAUGGACGGCACCCCUCCUACCCAAGCCAAGUCUCUACCGGCACUCCUAACAUUCCGGAGCGAGCCAUUCAUGCUCCCGCGUUCCAGCCUUACGCGCAACCUGGCUUCCAGCCACAAGCCUUCGUUCCACAGGGCUACUAUUACCCCCCACAAAACGGCGCCCAGCCACAGUACAUACCCCCUGCCGGCAUGGUGCCUAUGUUCGUUCCUGGCGCUCAGCAACCCGGCUAUGUCAUGCCAGUGUCUGCUCCUCCUGUCGCCGCCCCGCCAGCUCCUGCUGGUCCACCUAAUAUGGUUGCGUACGAGUCAAACGGUAUGACCUACUACGUGGACUCCAAUCAGCUACAAUACACUGCUCCACCAGUGGAAAACUAUGCUCAACCAAGCUAUGCUGUUCCAGGCAUGGGGGGCAUGAUGACCCCUGGCCCGGACGGCGCCUACUAUUACCCUCAACAGAUGCAGGCCCCAACGUUCUACCCGCAACAAUAG